GCGCUCACUGAUUUGGCGCUACAGCUCCUUCGCUGUUCUUCCAACGAGCUGUAGCGGCUCUUUGAGAUUUUGUUAAAAUAUACUUUUACCACAUUCAUGGACAAUCAUGUGUGACGAAGAUAAAGUAUCCGAGGAACUUUUUAAAGAUGUUAAAUUCUACGUGGUUGGGGACAUUGAUGUGAAGGUGGUUCAGCUGCUCAAAGCAGGAAAAGGCAAGGAGGUCUCUUACAAUGCUUUGGCUACUCACAUUAUUGCAGAGGAUGGUGAUAAUCCUGAAGUGAGUGAAUCACGGGAGGUUUUUGACCUGCCUGUUGUCAAGCCUUCCUGGGUGAUCCUGUCUGUCCGAUGUGGACACUUGUUACCAGUGACUGGAUUCUCACCAGAGUCUGGACAGAUCUUUUUUGGAGUGACGGCUUGUCUUCCCAGGCUUCCAGAUGAUCUCAACACCUUGUGGGCUUACAUCACCUUCUACGGAGGGGACUGUCAGCUUAACCUAAAUAAGAAAGUCACGCACUUGGUGGUGAAGGAGCCAAAGGGGGCCAAAUUUGAGUGUGCUCUGAAACAUCCUGGCAUCAAGAUAGUCACUCCAGACUGGAUAACAGAUUCUGUCAAAGGCAAGAUCAGGAAGGAUGAGUCCCUCUAUCAUCCUCGGCUCACCUACAUAGAAGCUGAAGAAGAGGAGGAGAGUGAAGAGGAGUCAUAUGACCAGCACUCGCACACAGAUGGAAGCUACAGCCCUCGUUGCUCUCGAGCGUCCAGUGGGGGCUCAUCUGGUGAUGAGUCUCCCUCCAGUCCCCGCAGACGCCCAGGACCCAAAAAGCUCAACUCUCUUUCUCCCACCUCACCCUGUAAACCUGAAUCCAGAAGUGAGCGCAUGUUUGAUGACUCUGACGAUGACUCCUCCAUAGGAAAAGAAGGGACCAAUCUCAACUGGACUCCGGCUGAAGUCGUCACACCAACUCUUAUUCCAACCGGCUCAGCUCGGCGACGCACUUUGCCAACUGGUAGUAAAGAUCCGGUUCCAUCGACAGGCAGUGGGUUAAUCAACCUGUGUGCCACUGUUCCACCAGUACCCGGGGGUGGAGGAGCCGUACCAGCAGAGGGAUGCUCAGCUGCUGCAUUCAGUCACACCACACAAGGUGUAUCUGUUUCAGAGAGCAUCCCUGGGUGGAGUCCAGCUGCUCGAACACUCCGUAACAUCACCAACAACUCUGACAUGCAGCCCAGCACUCGACCUGCCAACGUUGCACAUAUCAUCCAGAAUUUAACAGCCAAUCAGACAAAGCCCUUGGAUCAGCUGACCAAUCAGAGCCAUGUGCAGAACCUUAGUAAUAGCAGCUCUCUUCUAUUCAGUCAGCCAAAAGUGCCUGGGCAGCCCCUUACAGCAGAGCAACAGCAACAGUUACUGCAAAAGCACCAGCAGCUGCACCAGGUGGCACAGCAACACAACCAACAAAUGCCGCAGCAGCAUCCCAUGAUGCACCUCCAGCAGCAUCAGAUGAUGCAGCUACAUCAGCAACAUCAACAGCCACAAGUUUCACAGCAAGGUUUCCCACAACUGCCCCAACAGCAACAGUUUCUGCAACAGCAGCAGCAAAUGCACCAACAACAAUUAUUUUCACAGCAGCAGCAACAGCAACAUGCAUUCUCCCAGCAGCAACUGCGCCCACAGCAGCUGCCACGGCCAGGUUUGCACCAACUGCAGCAGCAACAGGCACUGCAGCAACAACUUCAGCAAUUCCAGCAGCAGCAACGCAUGCAGAUGCUGCAACAGCAGCAACAGCAAAAUCAACAGCAGUUACACCAACAGCAUCUGCAACAGCAACAUUUCCUCCAACAACAGCAGCACAUGCAGCAGUUACAGCAACAGCAACAUUUGCAGAAUCAGCAGCAGCAGCAGGCUGUGCCCCAUCAGAAUCAGCCACCUACACAGCAGCAGCAGCAACAGCAGAAGACCUUCCUGCAGCCUCCUCAGACCUCUCAACUCUUUGGCCAUGAGCCUGGUCAAGAAGUUCCUCCAGAUGGCUUCCUCCUGGGUUGUGUUUUUGCUGUUGCUGAUUACCCAGAACAGAUGGCCGACAAACAGCUUCUCGCCACAUGGAAGAGGGUCAUCCAGGCCUGUGGAGGCGCUGUUGAUGCCACGCUGACCAGCCGCUGCACACACCUGCUGUGCGAAAGUCAAGUCAGCAGCUUGUAUGUACAGGCACUCAGAGAGGGAAAGCGCUGUGUAACGGCUCACUGGCUGAACACAGUGUUGAAGAGGAAGAGGAUGGUUCCUCCUCAUCGUACGUUACAUCUGCCCUUCGCCUUCCCACCCGGAGCCAAGCCUUGCUCCCAGCACAUUAUAUCUGUGACUGGAUUUGUAGAUGCCGACAGGGAUGACCUGAAGUUGAUGGCCUACCUCGCUGGUGCCAGAUACACUGGAUACUUGUGUCGCAGCAACACUGUUCUUAUCUGUAAAGAACCCAGCGGUCUGAAGUAUGAGAAGGCCAAAGAAUGGAAGAUUCCUUGUGUCAAUGCCCAGUGGUUGUGUGAUAUACUGUUGGGUAACUUUGAAGCCCUGAGACAGAUUCAUCACAGCCGAUACACCAUUUACAGCCACCCGGAACCAUUGAUGCCCAACCCACAUCUAGUCCAGAACCUGCUGGGUGCUUGGCGAACGCCAAUCAAAGUGUCUCUAGAAGCGUUGGCGAGCCUCCAGCUGCUGCACAAGCAGAAACUCAGUGACUCAGUGACCCAGCCGACCAGCAAGAAGGCCAGACUUGAGGAGAUCCAGUCCUCCAGUAAGACUCUUCCACCAGAGUCCACACCUCACAUCAUGUUCACAGGUUUGGAGCCAUCACAAGUGCAGAAGUACACGAAGUGGCUGCAUGCCUUAGGCGGCGAGGUCACAGACAGCAGCCAGAACGUCACACACCUGGUGGCCAGUAAGGUGACUCGCACUGUCAAGUUCCUAACAGCCAUGUCAGUGGUCCAACACAUAGUCACCCCGGAGUGGCUGGAGGAGAGCUGGAGGAGCCAGAAGUUUGUCGAGGAGCACAGUUACGUGCUGAAGGAUGCAGAGGCUGAGGUGUUGUUUGGCUUCAGUCUGGAGGAUUCUCUGAAGAGAGCGCACAGUGCACCGCUUUUCAAGGGGAAGUAUUUCUACCUGACCCCUGGCAUCUGCCCGAGUCUCAGCACCAUGAAGUCCAUCCUGGAGAGUGCUGGGGGAAAACUCUUGGCCAGACAGCCCUCCUACCGGAAGAUCAUGGAGCAUAAACAGAACAAGAACCUUCCUGAAAUCGUCUUAAUUUCCUGUGACAAUGACCUUCACCUGUGCCGAGAAUACUUCAUGAAAAACAUCGAUGUCCACAAUGCUGAACUGAUCCUAACAGGAGUCCUUACACAAAAACUGGACUAUGACUCAUUUAAAUUCACUUGAUGAAGAAAAAAUGAUGGUGAGCAGAUUACGUUAUGACAAAAGAUGGCGAGCAGAUGAUGGGGUGAUGAACCAGGAUGGCGAGCGGAUGCUAACGUUAGGAAACCUGUGGACGUCAGUUAUCUGUUUUUAAUUUGCAUUGUGUAAAUAAUAAUUUUGUAGGUUUUUGUUACCUUUGAGAAUAAAUAAAUGGUAUUUUUGUGAAAUGGAUGUUUAAAUUUGUAACUUUUUUCUGUUUUGAAAUUUGAGCGUGUAAAUUCUGUUUUAAUAAAUCUGCUGAUUUCUGAGGG